AUGGCAGCUCUUGCACUGGCUAUCAAUUUCGCCAUACUAAUUUUUGACCAUUUUCCUCAAGCCUCCAUGUUUGAAAAAUGGCAGGAAAGCAUCCCACGCAUCCGAGAAAAGCUAUGCAAAGUCUCAGCAGUUCUGACUCUGGCUCAAGUGAUUACCAGUCUGGCUCUCGCUAUCCCCACAUUAACGGUCAUGAAAUGCACGAUUUCGGCGUACCACUACAACCUAGUAUGCUACCUCUGUCUGAUUGCAAGCUCAUCCUACUUCACCACCGCUCUGAUAACCUACGAGCACACUGAUUCAAGACUCCGCGGUGGUGCCCAACUUGGUUUUACCCUAGGAACUCUGGUGCUCACGAUCAUUCUUCACUACAAAAAAGUCCUGCAGACCAAUAUAUUCCCCAUGUUCAGACCACAUGAAAUGCCGUCUGGGAACAGGAUCAGUACCGGUCUUGUCCUGCCUGCAGCGUGCUUCCCACAAUGCCCAGGCGCGGCCAGCUUGACGGGCGACCUUGCUAAUUUCACGAGAUCUGACCGAUGGACGGAGCCAGAUUCCACCAUCACGAAUUCAACCGAGCCUCGCUUAAACUAUUUCGCCAAAUCCGGCUCAAACGAUGAUCUGGGCAAGGCUUUUGACAUAGGCUCAUCUCUCUUGGUUUCCGUGGCCGGUUUGGUCCUCUUCAUGUGUUUCAUCGUGGAAACCAGUUUGCUGAAAAAGUGUUGCAAUCGCAAUGAUUGGGAACAAGAAAACUAUUCGAGAUCAAGCAGCAGCAUCUUCAAAAGCCGCGCCUUAGGCUGUGUUCGCGCCGUCUUUUGGCUCAUGUCCAUUGCCCAACUAAUUAUGGAGACCAUACGCUUCAAGUAG